UAUUGGAAGUUAUUGCACUCCUAAAAGUUUGGAACAGACUUUAAACUGUCCUUCUUAAGUUCCCCUCUCCUUCCCUCUUGCUGCGUUCUUUCUUUUAAGCACCUGAGAGGCUGAGGAGACUGCUCUCCGCACGGAUUAUGGCCGAGCAAGGAGCCGUCCCUGAUAUAAACUCUCCAGUAACUGAACCCUCUCUCUCGUCCUCUGUACAAGAGACAGAUCACAGUGAAAAUGAGUAUGUGAUCAUUAACAGUGAUGCUUUUGCUGGAAAACUACUCAAGGAUUUACUUAAUGCAGUUAAAAUUUUUCGUGAACAAGUCUCAAAGUUCGAGAAGCAAUUGGAGGAACAACUGUCUCUUUCACAAACAAACAAGAAAGAUAUUGCUGAGCUGCAGGAGAGAUUCCAAAAAGAUCACGUUGAAAAGUUUGAGGAGCAUUGUAAAGUUGUCGACGAAUUGGCGCGUCUCUCUAAAGAAAAUGAAGCACUGCGAAAGGAAUUGAAGGCUACAAAUAAAAAAGUGAAAGAUUUAACCGAUGAAGUGAAGAAAAUGCAGACAGCAACUCCUGUUACGGAAACAGUUGAGAAUGAAGCUGCCGCAGCAACUAGCAGUGUGAUGGAGCCUCCUCCUUCUAUCUUUUCUGAUCUCCUAUCAAAAUUAGACGAUUUAGCAUCACAAAUGGUACCAAAAGAAGAGACCAAUAGGAGAAGAUCGAUCAUAGAAACACACACUAAUGAAGUACGCACUGCCAAUAACCUACCGCCAAAGUCAGACAGCUUUGAUGAGUCUGAUUCGCUACAGCGUACCAAUAGUGUUUCUAGUUCUAGUGUUUCUAGUUCUGGUAUAGGAAGCAGUAUUGGCCCUUCUACACUAGGUAGAGGUGAUAGUAAAUUGUUUAAUAUUGGGGAAGAUGAAAAUAUACCGGCAGCUGAUGAAUCGCUUCCUCCUGAAGUCAAGUUGCGUCCCAAGACAACAAGCACACCGCUUAGACAAAGAAAGUCUAUGACGGAGAAAGACCACAAUAUUCUGGAGGUUAUAUGGGCCAUGGGUGAUUUAGCAAAUGCUUUAAAGAGACUAAAUGAACAGUAAAAGCAUUAAAAUAGUUAUUAUCGUUGUACUUGUAAUGUAUGUAUAAUUACUAUGUGAUAGGUCAUACCGUAUACAUCAUAAUAGGCGAUAAUUUUGGAGGGGCCAUUCAGCAAGCGUUUUAAUCAUGCACUGGUAUAUUAUAUGCAAAUCUGCACAUCUGACUAACCAAAUUUAAAAACCACCAAUCACUAAAAUUUUAGAAAUUCCCUCCUACUAUAUGGUAUGACUAUUUUCUCACUUUAAAAUUUAUUCUUCUAAUGUA